GUCUCUCCUUCGUCACCCCUUCAACCAGAAAAAAGCUCAAUAGGGAUUUGACGUUUAGUGAUGGAGUGUGAUGAAAAAUGGGCACCCAAAAGGACCCACAUGCCAAAGCGCAAAACUUUACAAGACGUUCAACAAACCACAUCUGGGUUUGAUUCCUUUAUCUUCAAAAAUCAGUUAUUUCAUUGGGUUUUAAGGAUAUCAAAUUCCAAAGAUUGCCACUUUGUAUCAGCUUCUCUCUUUAAAAGUCCUGAUUUUUUGGAGGUAAAUUUAAAGCCUGGAUUUUGCGCUCAGUGAUUUUCAGGGUCCAUAGCAGUUAAGGGUACAGCUGGGAACAUCUCUUUCUUUGAACAAGUGCAAUUUUUGGGGGAAGGGGAAGGGAAAGGGGUUGAACCCAGCUCAUGGAGCUGGGCAGUGCACCUACAAACCAAGGGGCCUAUAAGGCCAGCUGGGAAUAUCUCUUGAUUUCCUGAAUUCAUGAGAAUUGAGUACUGUAGCUGAUCUGGGAUUCCUUAGAUUCUAUUGAAUCAUUUUUUCAGGAGGUUGCCGGUUCAUCUGUGAUUGCAAGCAUAUAUCAUUUCACUGUAUGGGUUGGCUAACCAAGAUUUUUAAGGGUUCUCGCCAUAAAGGACACUAUGAUGGGGGUUAUAGAGAUAACAGAACUUCAGAGGAGGCUCGUAAUUCAACAGACUCUGGAGGUUUUGACAAAGAAGAACUUGAUUGUGCCAUUGCACUUUCUCUUGCAGAAGCAGAUCGAAAAGGAAAAAAAGUAAUUGAAUAUGAAUCUGAACCUGAGCCAGAGGAGGAUGAAGAAGAUGAUACUUUGUGUCAUGUUGAUGAGGAUGAGCCAUCUGCUAAAAUUCAAGAGGGAGGAGAUGAAGGGCAUGCUAAACUUCAAUCAGAGGAAGAUGAACAACUUGCUAUGGCUCUUCAAGAAAGCUUGAAUGUUGACUCUCCUCCUCGAAAUGAUCAUGGAAGCAUCUUUCAGCCUUAUCCUUUCCAUUUUCCAUCCGUUUAUAGGAUUUGUGCAGGUUGCAACACUGAGAUUGGCCAUGGACGAUACUUGAGUUGCAUGAAUGCUGUUUGGCAUCCUGAAUGCUUCCGUUGCCAUGCUUGCAAUCAGCCAAUUAGUGAUUAUAAGUUUUCAGUGUUUGAUAAUCACCCCUAUCAUGAAUCCUGCUAUGCGGAGCGCUAUCAUCCAAGAUGUGAUGUUUGCAAAAACUUUAUCCCAAAAAAUUCAGAUGGUCUUAUUGAGUACAGGGCACAUCCCUUCUGGGAGCAAAAGUAUUGUCCCUCACAUGAGCAUGACAGGACUCCUCGGUGUUGCAGUUGUGAAAGAAUGGAGCCAACGGAUGCAAAAUACUUUUCACUUGAUGAUGGUCGGAAGUUGUGUCUUGAGUGUCUAGAUUCUGCAAUAAUGGAUACUUUUGAAUGCCAGCCUCUUUACUUUGAAAUACAAGAAUUUUAUGAAGGUUUAAACAUGAAAGUAGAACAGCAAAUUCCUCUACUCUUGGUUGAGAGACAGGCACUCAAUGAAGCCAUGGAAGGAGAAAAGAAUGGCCACCAACACUUACCUGAAACCAGAGGACUCUGCUUGUCAGAAGAGCAGACAGUCACCACAGUUAAAAAGUGGCCAAGGAAUGGGGCAGGCUAUCGGUUUAUAGACAUGAUUACAGAGCCUUAUAGGCUAAUUCGUCGAUGUGAAGUUACAGCUAUUCUCAUUUUAUAUGGCCUUCCUAGGUUGUUGACUGGAUCCAUUCUUGCUCAUGAGAUGAUGCAUGCAUGGCUUAGAUUAAAAGGUUAUCCCAAUCUGAGUCUAGAGGUUGAGGAAGGUAUAUGUCAGGUGUUAGCUCAUAUGUGGUUAGAAUCUGAGAUCUACUCUAGUUCUAGAAUUGAUGCUGCUUCAUCAUCAUCAUCACCAUCACCAUCACCAUCAUCCACUUUAACAUCGUCAAAGAAGGGCAAAAGGUCUGACUUUGAGAAGAAACUUGGUGAGUUUUUCAAGCACCAGAUUGAGUCAGAUGCAUCACCUGCUUAUGGAGAUGGAUUUAGACAAGCCAGCCAGGCAGUUAAUAAGUACGGUCUAAGGAGUACCCUUAACCAUAUUCAGAUGACAGGAACCUUUCCUCUCUGAUUACAUGUGAUGAUCAGUCUUUGUUCUCGCACAGUUCAACACCCCAGUUCAUCAUAUAUUGUUCUAUGGUAGAAACAAUCGUAUAGAUUAAUACAGGUAUAGGGAAUAAGCAAUAUGUAUAUGCUCAUUUUCAUUUGCAAAUUGCGAUUAUUAUGACUAUGGUAUUAGAUAUAAAAUGCAAGGAAAAAUAUGA